CUUCUUACAAGCCUAGCCCGUCUGAGCCUUCUGAUCGUCCCUCUAAUUUGGUUCUGGACGAGGGUUAUGCAUGGAGGACGUUCAAAGGGAUCGUCACUGAUCAUGAAGUUAACGAAUGUUACAACAUGUCAGUGAAGGAGUUUGAGCGUUCUGGCAUCCAUGACCUUUUCAAGGCUAUGUCAAAGUUUUAUACAGCGACUUGCCAGGCCAAGGAGCUUGCUACAGAGGCCAAGACUGCCAAGGAUAAGGCUAAGGAGCUAAGCCAUGAGGUCUUAUCCAAGAAGGGGGAGGUCAUUAGGUUGACCGAGGACUUUAAUCGUCUGCUGGGAAGCGAGACGAAGCUGAAGAACGAUGUUGAGGAGCUCAAAGCUGACAACUUAGAGAAGGAUACCCGCAUCGUCCAUCUAGAAGGACAAGUUGCAGAGCUUACCUCGUCCUUGGAGAAGGCACGUGAAGAAGCAAUUGCUGCUUUUAAGAAGUCUGACGAGUAUAAGAAUCGUCUAGACAGUCAUUAUGCAGCUGGUUAUGAAGACUUCCGUGCUGAUGCCAAAGACGCGUAUCCUGAUUUGGACUUUAACUCGUUCAAGCUUCCUCUUGCUACAGAGAGUUCUGUGUUGCAGACGAGUUCCGAGGACGUCAACAUCAUGGACGAUGCUAACACUGAAGUUACUCAGGACGAACCCAAGUGAAGUCUAUUUCCUUAGAGAAUUUGUUUUUAUUUGCUUUUCAUGGAA